AGUACUGUAUAUUUUUUGCUAAAGAAUCAGAUUAUUAUAUAACGCUCAUUUUCUUUUGUUUCUUACUCCAGCACGCAAAAUUUACUAUUGUGAUGCCGUGUAUAAUAUAUCUACGUUUAUCAAUCAGGGCUAAUGCAGUUUUCUUGUAUCCCCCCACAUGUGUCUCAGCAUGCUAGCUCUGUCCUUGAGAGGCACAGAUUUGUCACCUUUUUAUUGAUUUACUAUCAUCUUGCGUUACUUCCUAACUAGCGUUUGAGUAUUGCUGUGCUGCAUUAAACACUUAUAAAAAUUUUUUUUAAAAGGCUAGAGCUUAUCUUUAUGAUCAACAGGUGCAGUUUAAAUCAGUAAUCAGUGCAAUAUAUGAGGCAUGAAGCAGCAAAGGCAUUCUGUUCAUGAGGCUCGAUUAGUAAAGCCUGUGCUUUUCUGAGGCAGCCUUAUUGAGCCAAGAGAAACGGAUCAUGGAUGAGCACACUCCUGCAUCAUCCCGAUCCCCUGGGGACGCAUCUCUCCCCACUUGCACCAUCUGCUCACGUGACUCCAACAAUGCCGCUCAGCAUCACAGCAGCCAUCUUGGUCAACACCCACUCAGUUGCAGCGCAAACAGCCAAUCCAGUUAGCUCGAGCGGGGGCUGUGCGGAGCGAGAGGGGGGAGAGAGAGAGAGAGAGAGAGAGGUUGUGAUUGUUGCUCCACCACUGAGCUGUUUGCAGCAUCUCAAGCCUCUUGUUCAGACCAGAAAACAGCCUCUAUUCUAUGCAGCGGAUUCUCUCCUCAAUUAAUCACGAGGGGACGUUUCCUUCUGCUUUUCUUUUUCCUAAAGGAAAAAAAAAUACUUAAUUUGCUCCUGUUUUUCUUUCAUUUGUCUUCUCCUAUUGUUUCCUGUUUCCUCCUGUCUUUGAAGAACCGUUGGUAGGAGGUUGUUUUCAUUCCUAUUUAGUCUGUGCUCUGCUCCGUGUCUGGGCCCUAACGCGAGGGAGGCCAUCGUUGUUGUUGUUAUUGUCAUAGUCACUGGGCCUUACAGCUGAGUCACCAUGUCGGAUCUGACGCCGCAGAGCGAGGCACCCACCCCCACCACGGACAAGAUCACGCAGGCUGCCCGCGAGACCAUCUACCUGUGCAACUUCCGCGUGUCUGUGGACGGCGAGUGGCUGUGUCUGCGUGAACUCAAUGACAUCUCGCUCACUCCCGAGCCUGAGCCAGCGCAUGAAGAUCCCAAGGACCCUAUCGCCAUCGAGAGGCUUAAUCUGAUGAAUAUGGCCAAGCUGAGUAUAAAGGGCCUGAUCGAGUCAGCCCUCAACCUGGGCCGCACACUGGACUCGGACUACGCCCCCCUGCAGCAGUUCUUUGUCGUAAUGGAGCACUGCCUGAAACAUGGACUUAAAAGCAAAAAGACAUUUCUUGGUCAGAACAAGUCAUUUUGGGGUCCUCUGGAGCUAGUGGAGAAGUUGACUCCAGAAGCUGGUGAAAUCACAGCCAGUGUCAAAGACCUUCCUGGCCUCAAAACUCCUUUGGGAAGAGGCAGAGCAUGGCUGAGACUGGCCCUUAUGCAAAAGAAGCUCUCAGACUACAUGAAGACCAUCAUUAACAGAAAGGAUCUUUUAAGUGAGUUCUAUGAGCCUAAUGCUCUGAUGAUGGAGGAAGAGGGAGCAGUAAUUGCUGGACUGUUGGUGGGACUCAAUGUCAUUGAUGCAAAUUUGUGUAUGAAGGGAGAAGACUUGGACUCUCAGGUUGGCGUGAUAGAUUUUUCCAUGUAUUUAAAAGAUGGAGGUCACAGCAGCAAGAGCACAGAAGGUGACGGACAAAUCACAGCAAUCCUCGACCAGAAAAAUUAUGUUGAGGAGCUCAACAGACAUUUAAGUGCUUCUGUGAAUAACCUACAAGCCAAAGUAGAUGCUCUUGAAAAGUCCAACACAAAACUUACAGAGGAGCUUGCAGUCGCAAACAACAGAAUCAUCACUUUGCAAGAGGAGGUAGAAAGAAUGAAGGAGGAAAGCUCAUACCUUGUUGAGUCCAAUCGCAAGGCAUUGAGACCAGAUGGAGCCGCAGACGGACAAGUACUUGGAGAAACCCGAAAGCAGCUCAAAGAGGAAACUCAGCUCAGACUGGAUGUAGAGAAAGAGCUGGAGGUACAGAUCGGGAUGAGACAGGAGAUGGAACUGUCUAUGAAGAUGCUGGAGAAAGACAUUUGUGAGAAGCAUGAUGCACUGGUGGAGCUCAGACAUCAGCUGGAUGAUCUGCGCAGAAUCAACCACGAGCUCUCCCAUAAGAGCCAGAGCUCAGAGACCAGUGUGAAACAGAAGAGUGACAUCAUCGGUCGCUUGGAAGAGAAAACAAACCAGAUGGCUGCCACUAUUAAACAGUUGGAGCACAGCGAGAAAGACGUGGUCAAGCAAGCACGGAACUUGAAUUUGGCUGCAGGAAAACUGCUGCAAAAGCAACAAUAGGCUAGAUCAUUUGAAAAACGCAUAACAAUAGUUUCGUCAAAACAUCUCCUAAAUUUGACUUUGCAUAUCAUAGAAGCAACUAGGAUAUUUAUUUUCUAAUGAGUUUGAGAUCUUUUGCGGUUCCUUUCUCUUUCCUCAUGGACUCCCGUUUUGCUUCUACUGUGAAUAUCAUACUCCAAAUGAACGCUCCUCUUUUAGACUUUCCAGCCCUUUUUUUGUGUUUCACCAGAUAAAAAUACAAAAUACAGCAGUUUCAGAUAGUAUGAGAAAGACUCGAGAUUUGCCCAAUACCCAACUGCUUUCUAUUGUUUGAUAUUUUUUCAGGUUUUGAGUUUCUAUGUAGGAAAUGGUAACAAAACAACGCAUCUCUUGUAUCUCUACAGUGUAUCUCUUUACUCUUUGAAUAACUCCAGGAUGUUAGAACGAAGGCUUCGGCUAUCAAAAGCUUUAACACAGUAACAUGUCCCAUCCCAUUAGUUAUUGGCAAAAUACGUAAUUGUUUUUAAUACUCUUCUUGGCCAAUUUUUAACUUCAUUUUUUGGCCAAAGGUGCAUUUUGACUUUUGAACCCUAUGCCAUAGAGAAAGUGAAAUGGAUUUGAAUCAGCAGCCAGUCAUCUGUGUGAAAGUUUGAAGUGUACUGAAUUGUGUAAAAAAAGAAAUAUGCAACUGACUUAAGUGAAAGGUUUCACUUUGGCAGAAGAUCAUGAGAACUGGCCGCACAUGUUGCUGGUGGACGUUAAUACCAAAUGUGAAAAUCGUGGUCCUGUAUUCAGCCCCCAAAUAAAUUCUUCAUGGUUUCCGUGGAUGAGGUUUCUCUCUAAAUUGCAAUGAAAUGAUGAAAGUUGUAUGUGGACUUUAACAAUCUAUCUAAGUGUAGUGCAGUAGCAUAAUAAAGAUCAAAUCAAACACUUGAGAUUUCUUCACUUUCUUUGGAUUUCCAUAUAGCCUUUGCAUUUACUGGACACAUCUUUGUCUUAGGAUUUUUAUUUAUGUUUCUUUUAGUUUCUAGUUCUUCAUUUUGAUUUGAUUUGAUUUGAUUGAGAUUCUCUUCCCUGUCAUGGUAUUUUAGUUUUCAUUUUUUACCUCAUUA